AUGGUGAACGACGGUAACAAGCGAGGAUUCAACCAAAUGGCCAAUCGGCAACGCUUCAAACCGGGAAGCGGGAAGCCCCAGCAGCUUCCGAUGAACGUUCGCAACAUGGGCGCGAUGCUGUUCGAUGCGAACCAGCUCGGCGACAAUCCCGGGUUCUUGGAUUUCAACGAUGACUCGAUGAGCUUCGGGAUGAACGGUGCCGGAAACAGCAACAAUGGUGAUUCCACAGAUCUCACAGGGGAUAUGAAUGGAAUGGAUAACAAUCAGAAUGGUCACAAUGGAAUCGGUAAUCGACGGAUGAAUCCUUCCCUCAAGCGUCCUCUGAAAAACACUGGUAACACUGGGAUGCGUCCGCGUAUGAACAACGGAGCGAACCGGGGGGGCAAUUGGGUGGGUCCGAUGGGGCCACCGAAUGUGUUUUCAGGUCCUCCACGUCGUGGUCCAAUGCAUGCUCCGCCGGCAUCACAACCAUCGUUCCGUGGUUCCGGUCACAGCAUGGGCAUGCGGAUGCGUGGCCCACAGAACACCCGAUUUGGAUGCGGCCCACCGGGACCGAUGUCCUUGCUGUCGAUGAACCCAGCCAUACCACCUCCGAUCCCACCGAUGGGUGGUCAGCCGAUGGUGCCGCCCCUCGGCAUGGGCCGAAUGAUGCACCCGCCGCACCGCCAUGAUGGGCCCAUGCGGCGGUACGGAAACGGCGGCCACUUUCAAGCCCGAGGGAUGGGACCACGGAUGAACAGUUUCGCCCGUGACGGAGCCGCUCGACCCAACGGAACGAUGCCGAUGGGUGCGAAUGGCAAUCGGGCGCACCCCAAACAGAGCAACAGGGAGGAAUAUCCGCUCGAUAAAGCGUGGGUUACGGACGAGAUCAGGAGCGAACAUCAGAAGAAGACGGAUCUCGCCAACCGGCUCAAGGGACACCGAGAUGAUGCCCUGUUCGCUCAGUUCAAGGUGCAACGGGAUAAGUUUGUAAAAAUGUACGAAACCGCCCGCCUCGAGUUCAUAGGAAAACACCCGGAACAGGAUGUUGAUAAAAUCUUGACCGAGACGGUAUGCAAAAAGGCUCGUAUUGAAAAUGACACAAACACAAGCGCUAAAACAGAAGCUCCUGUUUCUGAUGGGUGCGUAGCAUCGGCUACGGCCACUUCUUCCCACUAUUCUACCGAUUCACCGGAAAGUGCCACGCCGAGUGCCACUUGCACCAAUAUCGCUUCUUCUGCUGCCAAUGCUACCACCAGCACUAUCGAUACCAAUGAAUGCACUGAAAUCACUUCUACUUCUGCUAUCGCCGCAACUGCAACCGAUAAACUGACCGAAUCAGCCGCCGUGGAAGCGUCCGGUCCUGAGGGCACGAUAGCGUAAAGAAACUAUGGCGCAAACAAUUAAACAAAACUUCUUGAGAUCUUGAGCAAAACAGAGAGCAAGAGAUGAGAGAGAGAAACUGGGAGAACAUUGAAGAACAUUGCACCAUCGCUGCAACCAUUCGAGAAAUCACUACAAAACAGCAGAGCAGAGUUUUUGGAUUUUGUUCGUCCGUCGGAACGGAAGCCGGCGUAUUCCGCCAAGUAUACCUACUCACCCGGUUCACGUAAUUGUUACACACCAUAAUAAAAUAGACCGUACAUAUUGAACACGAAACAGUACCGUAAUCUUAUUUGCAAACGAUACAUAAACCUCCUAGAGCCCACCAAAUGUUAAACUUGUUCAGAAGAUGAAAGUAGUUCCGAUUCUAUCGAUGAUGCCGAGCCUCUUAUGGUUCGAUAUGGGUCACAGAUAUCAUACAAAUUUUAUUACACACUGGCACUGUCCGCAGCAGAAUUGUACAAAACGCCCCUCCGGAAGACGCAAGAUUUUAACCAGCCACUGAUAGAGAAUAGCGCCAGUAGCACUUGUUGAUCCCUGAUGAUACGAUUGAGUGGAGCGAAUUCCAAAAUGAAAUGAAGAGGUACCGAAGA